UCUGAAAAUUAUAUUUCCCGAGCACAUGGCAGUCUAGUGAGAUUUGGCAGAGAAUGAAUCUUUAUAUUGAGGGAUCAAAAGUUCUGCACAAAGUUUUAGAAAAGCACGGGGCAGUGAAAAAUCUUGUUUACAGCUCUCAGUAUGAGAACAAACCACAGCUCAUUGGCCUAGUUUGUGAGACACUGAAGUAUGGUUCCUUGCUGCAGCAGCUGGUGGAUAGCACCAAACUCCUGACAAAAGAACAUCUAUUGAAGGGAGAUAAUCUCCUGGCUCGGACACUUGUCCAUGAUUUCGUGGUCGGUCGUGACAUCAAACAUGCUGGAAGACUAAAGCAAGUAAUAACUCGUAAUCGUGCUGCCCUGACAAAGAAGUAUGACUCCAUGUUAGCAAAUGCUGGUGUUACAUCCUGGGAACAGCUUCUGCCUCGGAAUGGGACAUCGUUCAUGGGUGCUUUACCCAGAUAUGUGAGGGUCAAUUUGCUGCAGUCAUCAUUGUCAGAUGUGACUAGUACUUUGGAAUCAGAGGGCUGGGAACAAGUGGUCACUCCAAUUAAGGAUGCUGAGGGAUUCCGAGAUACGGUGGCUGGCCUACAGGAGCACCAGUUCCUACAGGACCCACAUCUAUUUGAUCUCCUCGUCUUUCCCCCACAUACUGAUUUCCAUGACAACCAGCUGCUCAUCUCUGGGAAAAUCAUAUUGCAGGAUAAGGCCAGUUGUUUCCCUGCCCACGUCCUUUCCCCACCAGAGGGCUCCACAAUCCUUGACUGCUGUGCUGCCCCUGGUAACAAGAGUAGCCAUGUUGCCAGUCUGAUAAACAAUAAUGGAACAGUGUUUGCCUUUGACAAGGAUGGUCGGCGAAUGGCUACACUUCAGGGAUUGAUGAGGAAGGUGGGAGUGACUUGUGUCGUACCAGACUGUCUGGAUUUUCUCAAAGUUGAUCCCCAUAAUGACAGUUUCAAGGAUGUAGAGUAUAUGCUGGUUGAUCCAUCCUGUAGCGGCUCAGGAAUAGUGAACAGAAUGAACGAGGCAAUAGAUGACCAAUCAUCAUCCUCAUCAAAGAGGCUGGACUCCUUGUCAAAUUUCCAGGUGACCAUGCUAAAACAUGCGAUGACAUUCCCAAACCUGAAACGUUUAGUUUACUCAACAUGUUCCAUACAUGUCGAAGAGAAUGAAGAAGUCAUCAAAGAACUGGAAACCAUUGUCAAGGGCAAAUUCAAAGUGUGUAAAGCAUUUCCUGACUGGCCAAAUAGAGGUCUCCCUGGUUACGACAGCUCAGACUGUUUUCUGCGAAUGUCACCAGAACACUCGCUAUCCAAUGGAUUCUUUGUAGCAUGUUUUGAAAGGAUAGAAACAGAUUCAGAUUCAGACUCAAACACAACAGUGCAUAAACAGACAAAGAAAAAGAAGAAGAAAAAGGAGAAGGAUGAUUUUGAGACUAGUGGAACAACUGCAGAUGAUGAUGAAUUAACAAGUUCAUCAAAGAAAAAAAGGAAAUUUAAAGAAUGCGAGGAAAGUUUUACUGGAGAAAUCGCAACAAAAAAGCAGAAACACAGAGAAAAAGGAAGUGAAUCUGAAAUGAACAGGGAAAAAAAGAAGCACAAACAUAAAUCAAAACGCUGUGAGAAUCAGGACGACGGUGAAGAUGAUUCUGAUAGCGGCGUUUGUACAAAUGGAAAUCAGUCAAUGAAUAUUGGCAUUAUAGAUGAAAUUAGGAAGGAAGACCAGUCCGGUGUGGUUAAAAAGCACAAGAAAAAGCAUAAACACAAAGAUUUAGACAUUGACUCGGAUGGCGAUCGUAUCAAGGCUGCUGAAACAGUAGAGGAAUGCGUGUCUGAUAAAGUGAAAAAACACAAGAAAAAACAUAAACACAAAGAUUUAGACAUUAACUCGGAUGGAGAUCAUAUGGAGGCUACUGAAACGGUAGAGGAAUGCAUGUCUGAUAAAGUGAAAAAACACAAGAAAAAGCAUAAACACAAAGAUUUAGCUGAUGAUUGUGAUGCUGCAGAGACAGAAACUCUGGAAGUUCCACAUCACAAGAGGAAAAAGAAACACAAACAUAAGAAAGAUUAGCUAUACUUAUCUCAUGGUUCACAAGGUCAUUUUAAUAUAAAUUCUGUUUUUGUUAUCAGUAUGACACAUUACACUUUACAGACAUGACUAAAUCUGACGAUUUAAUUUACCUGGAAUAAUAAAUGUCAUGAUAUGUCAGAAAUUCUUAAAUUGAGUUGUCUUUGCAUAAAUUUUCCGUUUCACAGAAAAUAUUUGACCUCUGGUUGAUGAUCUGUCUCUCAAAACAUAUAGGUAAUAUGUGGAAUAUCAAAUUUAUCAUAUUGUUGCAGAUCAUUUUAAAUGUUCUUUGUCCAUACUAUUACUUUUAUUCUUGAAUUAGAAAUUUUGAGGUGAUCUAUAUUUAAUUUCUGUUGUUGCCAUUACAAUAAAUUACCUAGCCCUG